AUGGAUGGCAACAGGGACACCCAUACACCAGCACUCGACUUGGUGUGUGUCGGUUUUGACCUCACCGGCAUCGCCAACGCAGUCGCUCUGAACGAAAGAAAUGGGCUCAGCAAGGAUACCUUGUUCCUGGAAUCGCAGUUGGAAGCAUUCUGGAAGCCGCUCCGAAGUACACCGGCCUCCAGACUGAGGACCUCAUUUCUCAACGACUUGAUCACCUCAGAGAAUCCGCGUUCCCGCUUCACGUUCCUGAACUACCUCCAUGCGACCAAUCGGCUCAUCCUAUAUGCGAACAGCGCUCAGCUUCGCCCGUCGAGGGAAAUGUUCAGUGAUUAUCUCAGAUGGUGUGCAACUAGCCUUCAAGCGCAAGUCCUGUACGGCAAGAUGGUCACCAGUGUGCAACCGUUGAGAGACGGGAAAGGGGACGUGGCGGUGUGGGAAGUGGUCUUUGUGGAUGCCGUGACGGGAGAAAAGAAUGCGGUCACAGCCAAGCAGGUCGUCUACGCUGCGUCGAAUCAUCCACAUGUCCCAAGGGUUCUCCGUGCUCCUGCUCUCCAAACGCUCGUCCUGCACUCGUCAGAGUAUCAGCAAGCCAUUCCAACACUACUACGCGACAAUCCAAGAGCGCGCAUCGCCGUCGUAGGAAAUGGCCAAAACGCGGCAGAGGCGUUUGCCCAGCUCCAUGGCAUAUGGGGAGAGCACGAAGUCGUUUGGUUCACCAAAGACGCCGUCCUUCGGGGAGAUGACGAGACGCCAUUUCUGUUGGAAAGCAUCACGCUGCCCAGUUCAUCCGGGGCACAAAACAUACCACCCGAGAUCAGGAGACGGGAAGUCAAUGCGACCUCGCCUUUGACCUUUAGUUCGGCAAUUGAACCGCGCCUCCUGGCACAGAUAUACGAUGCCCAGUAUGACUUCAGUGUCAAAGAGCAGGACCACAAGAAGUGGAGAUUCCAAAUCAGGUUCCAACAUGAAGUCGUACAUGCGGAGAGGACUGAUGACGGGCGCGUGCGACUUUUCGUGCAAAGUCCUGAAAAUCUCAGAGAGCCAGCAACGUUCGAUGCCGUCAUUUCCGCGACCGGCUUCGGACAACACGCUCAUUAUAGAGCCCUCAAGCCUUUGCAAACCCUGCUCGAUGGGCCCAGUAUCACCGUUGAUCGCGACUACCACAUUAACUUCAGAAAAGCCGUCCUCGCGCCGGGGUGUGGGAUCUGGCUUCAAGGAUCGCUUGCCGAUGGUGGAGACCAAAAUGACGACAGCCUUCUGCAGACUCUUGCAGAGAGAAGUAGACGUCUGGCAGAGUCCGUGCUGCGUCGGAGGACCGAGCAGACCACGUCGGAGGAGGGGAGGUCGGCAAGGCUGUAA